AUGAAUAAUGAUGAUCGCCUUGUAUUUGAAAAGAACUUCAAAAAUGCUUUACAUGGCAUUUCACUAAGCUUUCAAAGUCCAGCGACCGCAUACAUGCCGUGGUCAAAUUUAAGACGAAGAUGUGUGGAAGGCGCUCGCCUUACUAGGGUAACUGCAAAAAGUGUUGUGGAAAUGCGACAGAAGGAUAUAGAUGCUGGUAAGGAGAUACCUGAAGAUGCACUAUCGUAUGUUUUGAAAUUGAAAGAAGCUUUGCCCAAUUGCGACAUUGAAGACUUGGUGGAUAUGGUCGUUACAGUUGUGUUCGGAGGUAAAAUUCUUGUGUCUUUUUGUCUUGCACGUUCGAAAAUUAUUAGGGAGUAGUUCAACUGUUUCUGUAUCAGAUUCAUGUGCGGAACCUCCCCCCAGCUUAUUGUAAUAUUUACUCUAUCAAAAUGUAACUUAUUUCAGGAAUGGACACUACAGGCAACAAUCUGUGUUUCACCGCGCUCUCCAUAGGCCUAAACCCAGAUGUCGAAAAUAG